AUUUGUGGCACGGUCUGAAGACGCGGUUUUGCCGUCACGUAUACUUGGUGAUGCUGGAGCUGCAGAUGUUCAUGUUUCAGUCGAUAUUGGGGCGAAUGUUCGACCCCCUCGAUUUCGCAGUCUCAAAGGAAAGAUAUAAAAACGGUAGCUCGUCAAAUGGCUCUACGAAGGCUGUUGCACAGCGUGUUUGCGAAAAAAUGGAAGAUUUGCCUUCCAAGAGUGAGGAAAAGGUGAAAGGAUUGCACGAUAGUACUUUCCGUGACGUCAGAGACAUCUCCAAUUAGCAGCCUCUUCUAAAAGCUGAAGCAAGCAUUGACAUGGUGGAAGCUUUGAAGAUUUUAGAACCUCACAAGGCUUCGGGACAAUCCAAUUUUAAUGCAGGUCCUCUUCCUACUGAGCUUCGCGGCAAUCUCAACGAUCAAUCGACUGCAGAUAAUGGAUUCAAUACACGAGUUAAUGUUCUCUCUAGGAGCAGAUUACCUACCACAUCUGGUCCAAUGGAGGAUAAUCUGGCUUGGGUGUCUAUCAGAGGAAGCCACGCUCCUCUAGAUCUUAGUCUUAAACUCACGGCUCGUUUCUCUUCUCCAGAUUCAUUUCACUGGUGCCACCGUUUGAGUUCAAAUGUUCACUGUCAAGGUGUGCAACAGUUUUCACAAGGACUUGGAGUCAUGAGUAGAAAAUCAGACAUCGUUCGACAGAUGGCAUAUUCAGGACGAGAUGCAGAUGAUGAAAUGCGAGGAGCAACAUUCUGGAGUUCACUGCAUUCAUGGGUUUAUCCCGAGUCGACUUUGCCCCCAACUGUGCUAUCUGUAAUGUCUUCGGCUGGAGCUCGUGGAGGGGAAGAAGAAGGGGCAUUUCUUUCCAAAAGACUCCGUGCUUGGGAUGCUGCAUUUCGGUCGCUGUAUUACAAUUUUCGCUCCCAAUUUCCCCCCGUGUUUUAUGGUAAAAUGUUUUACACACUUGCUUCAGUUGGCGUAUUUGGCGUGGGUGUAGUUUGUAUGCAGCAAUAUGUUGCAAUGUUUGUUGGUGGUGGAAUUGGGGGAAGAAAUCGAGAUGCUUGCAAUGCCUACCUGACCCGCUCAACUCGAGGAGUGCGAGAACUUCUUCUUGAACAUGAUGUCAAGUUCUCAAUGCCUUUCAAUGCGUCUGGAGAGCCCACGACUACAGGUGAAGACCUUCAAGAUUUGUUCGAGUUUGAGAAGUCUAACCCUGACCAGACAAGAGUGGCUAAUGAAAGAACAGCUUCAGACAAUAGUCCACAAUCAAUGUUGUGCUUUGAAGGUUCCUCUGAUGUACAUCGAUUUUAUGAUUUCCUUCUUAAUCACAGAUCUCUGUUAAAUUCCACGGCUGCCAUGGAUGUUCCGGUCCUUUAUGCGCCAACGGCUUUCGAUAAUGCAUCUCUGAGUGUUCUUGAGAUUACCUGCAAACAACUGAAACGUUCAGAUGGCUGUAUUCAGCCUCAAAUACGUGAUGAUAAGGUGAAGGUCAGUCGGAAUAGUUCAGAAACAGCUAGCGAUACAACGUACAUAAUGGAGACCAAAGGGUCCUUCCUUCCUCCAUGGGUUAUCCUACGAUUGUGUACAGUAGUACAAGAAUCCCAGCCUCUCGGUUUCUCUGCACGAUUCGUGACAGAACCUCUCACCAUGGGGCUCAACAUAGCCCAAGGAGAGAUAACCCACAAUGCAAAUGCUGCGAGCUUCAAGAGUUUUUUCUCAAAAUCAAAUGGUGUUACAAAUUGUGAUACGAUAUCUAAAACAAAGACUGAGUUCUUCCCUACGUCAGAAUGCGAUCAUUCCUCUGGUUUAGGGACUGCUGUCGUGAAGGAACUCAGAUAUAAGGACAAUUCUUACAAGGUAUCUUUAGCGCCUCUUCAACUGGCAACUUCCCUUUGAGAUUCAAACAGGAUCCUUCCAGAAUUGAUUUGUAACCAUAGUUUUCCUGCAGAAGUGCCUAUCUAAUUUAUGCAAUACAAUGAAUCAUGUAUGCAACAUAUUCCCUGAGUGACCAAGAUGGGGCAUAGUAGCAGGGCCAAGCUGGUUUUGCACUUAGUACUCAAAUAUUCAUUUAUUUUAAACAGCGUUUGAGAACUGCGUAUCUCCUUAGUGUUGAACUAAAAUACGAAAUUCAAACAUAAGAUUCUUCUUUCGAAA